AUGUCUCAAAGGCAUAGGGGUGGAAAUAGUGCCAAAUUGAAUUCUGCUUUGAAAAAGUUGACUGAAAUAGCAGCUGCCUUAUCCCAAGCUGCAAACGCCCCACCCCCGAAGUCCAAUGAAUUAGAUGCAUUUGGAGAAGUAUUUAAGAGGGUGUCUGCUUCAAAACCCCCUUACUACAAUGGGAAAGAGGACUCAGCUAGUCUUGAAAAUUGGAUUAUGGAAUUUGACAAGCUUUUCGAUGCCAUCAACAGCCCAGAAGAGCUUAAGCUGAAUAACGCAGUGUAUUAUCUGAAGGAGGAAGCAGAUCUUUGGUGGAGCCAAAGGAAAAACGAUUUGAUGACUGAGCACAAUUCUGGGUGGAACGAGUUGAAAGAAGCCUUAAGAACCAAGUUUUACCCUACCCACUUAAGAAAGCAGAAAAGUAUGGAGUUCAUUAACCUUAUGAUGGGGGCCAUGUCAAUUUCUGAAUACUACAGUAAGUUCAUAGAGCUAAUGAGAUUUGCACCUGAAGUAGUACCCACUGAGGCUCUUAAGGCUCAAAGAUUUGAGCAAGGCUUGACCCUAUCUUUGCAAGGAAAGCUCGGAGGAGCCACCUUUAGCACCCUUGAUGAGGUUUAUGGGAGAGCUGCCCACUUGUAUGGGAUUAGAGGGAAGGAACUAGAGGGAAACUCUUCAGGUUAA